CCCCACCAUGUCUGAACUGUCCUCCCGCGCCAGGCUGUACCAGAACAUCAAUGACAGCCUCUGUGAAGAUGACGUCAGGAGUCUAAGAGCCAUACUGGUCACAGACAAGCACCUCGGACAGGCGAGAGUAGAAAACGCUUCACCGCAGGAAAUGUUUAACAUGUUAGAAGACGACAGCAAGAUUGGCGAGGAUAACCUAGCGCUACUUGUGGAGCUGUUAAAAGCCCUUGGCAAGACAAGGUUAGCUCAAGAAGCCGAGGACGUGAUAAAGGCCGAUGAGGGAGGAGCAGUCGCUUCGGAGAAACCUGUUGCAACUACAAAAGCAACAUCAGACAUAAAAGCCGACAACGAGGGGAAAGGUGAUGCGUUAGUAGCAACACCAGGCAAUGUUGAUGACAUCGUUGUCUGUCUGAAGGACCUGUAUGCUACAGAGUAUGCACAUGUGCGACCUCUGCCGUGGUGCGAAGACUUCAACAUGGACGUGGGAGAAAUCUACACUAACCUGCAACUACAGCGCAGGGACGGCAGAGGGCGCUUCGAAGACACUGAUACCAUCGUAAGCUUAGCAGAUAUUUACAAGACUGUAGAUGUUUGUGCUAAGUCAGCUGUUAGGAAGAUAAGAGUAGAGGGGCCUCCGGGAAUUGGGAAGUCGUGCUCUUGUCAGAAACUAGCCCAUGAUUGGUCGUCUGGAAAAUUGCAUUGUUUCAAAUCCGUAUUCUUCCUGGAAAUGCGGCACUUGUCUGGAAAAGUUAAAGACGCCAUAUUUGAACAGCUCUUACCAAAGGAUAUAAAAAUGACCACUGAGCAGCUCUGGUCUUACAUUGAAGAGAAUCAGAAGGAGGUUCUCUUUAUUCUGGACGGUCUGGAUGAGCUCAGUCAGACAGCCAGACAGAGUACAGAUGUAGUGGACUUGAUACAAGGUAAAAUCCUCAGAAACUCUCAUGUCCUGGUGACCUCCAGACCGUACCACUGUGUUCAAGACAUUGAGAAAUGCCAUAGCUUUUACAAAAUUGUAGGAUACAGCAAAAAGAACUCAGUUAGAUUCAUUCGUAAGUACUUCAGCGAGGCGCCCGAAUCUGCCACAAAGCUUGUGGAAGCUGUAACAAAUAACAGCAAUCUAGGAGAAAUCGCAGUUAAUCCACUUAACAAUGUACUCAUUUGUGUUGUGUUCGAAGAAAAUGGAGACAAUCUGCCUUCUGGAAAAGCUGAGCUAUAUCAAAUGAUCAUAUAUUCAGUUGCCAAGAGAUAUUGUACAAAGAAUGGCAUUCCUAUCAAAGGCCGCACAUUGCCUUCUAACAUAGAAGAAGCAUUACGAGGUCUGGGGAAACUGUCCUGGGAGGGGCUAAAGAAGGAUCAGCUACAGUUUAACAUAGAUGAUAUCAGACAGGAGUUUGGAGGGAGUGUAGAUGACAUGUUAAACAUGGGCUUGCUGACAAGAGAUUAUUCUUCCUCCAAAAUCAGGCGCAUUUGCUACUGCGCUUUCCUACACAAAACCUUCCAGGAGUACGUGGCUGCUUACUACAUCAGUUACUUAGUCGGGGAUGGCGGUAGACAAGAAGAGGGAAUAAAAUAUAUCCGUGUUUUGUUCGGCGUUGACAGGGGUAUUGAAGAAAGCCUUAAAAAGUACAGAGGGGUUCAAACCUUUUUGCCCGCUAUGCUAGGUGAAAGCUCAGGAACACUGUUUCAAAUGUUUGCAGAGGAACUGAGGAUAGAUAGGUGGACAUCGGAUUUUGAGGGCGGACUACUGUUGCAGUUUCUCUGUCUCAUGGCACUUGGAAGAUGUCAAGAAAAUGAUACCUCGGCAGAGGUUGUCGCACCUUGCUUGCCUCCAGACAUAACAAACAAUCAUUAUCAUUUUUCGGCCACUGAACAGUCUGACUGGUUUGAUGGUUUCUUACAGGUACUCAGCUGUCAAAAGAAACUUGCUAUGUGUCACAACCCAAAUCUAGUACAACACCUUACGAUUAACUGUAUUUACAUUGAGAAUGCUUUACAUCAACACCAGCUGGAUAAGUUGGAGAGAGUGUUAUCAGAUUGUUCCACGUUAUGUUCUGUGACACUGCACUCUAUAUCUUUGGGUAUUCCGGAUGAUACCCCACUCGAAAUUAAACGGCUUUUCACAUCUGAGGGGCACGAAAUUCCUGUAGUUCGAACGUUCAUUCCUCGGCGUGGGGUACAAAGUGUUUCAAUAGAGUUUCCAGUUAGCAAUACCAUGCUGGAAGACCUGUCAAACGUGCACAAGCUAGAACACAUCUACAUUGACGUAGGGAGGAUAAAUAAUGACACAGCUGUUGAGAAAUACGACAAGGUGUUGGCUAAAAUGGUUAGGAAGCAGAGUUGUCUCAAAUCGUUGGUGGUAUAUAUAGGUGGGUGGGAGGAAUCACCAAUAGAAACCAGACUGGUUGACAACCUAACAGAAACUCUGCAGAGUAUUUCUGAGCAUCCAGCACUUGGAUACGUGGUUUUAGAUCACAAAGCGCUAUUGGACAAAGUGGACCUUACCUCCCCUCCCUCUGCCGACGGAUUCGAUCAUGAGACAGUCCAGGAAUAUGUGUACACACUCACAGAAUGUAUUAAUAAGAGCAGGACAAUAAAGAGACUUGAAGUAAGCUGGCAAUACCUUAUCUACAAUGCUAUCUGUAGCAGUCAGUCCCUUUCCGAUCUCUGUUCGGCAAUACAAAGUAACAGAACCAUACAGAAUUUGAGUAUCAGUAACAUGUUUUCUGAGUCGGAGGGCCAUCAAGAAUUGAUUGACCAGCUAAUGAAAAAUAAACCCGCCAACUUUGAGGGACUCGAAAUUACCAUGUAUAAAAAGAAAUACAUUGAAGCACCUUUUGAAUUCGAACUCUUUUAAUCGAAUUUGAAGUGAUCGUUGCGAAAGUAAUAAUAUACUCAGCAAAGUAUUAGAACAUUUUGACGUCAGUAAUAACCAAUACGGCCUGUAGGUCAAGAGCAGCUGUACUAAAUGUAAUUUCAGUAAUUUACCUCAAUGAAAUUCUCUAAAAUAAAUUUGCACCGAGAGUUUUUUGCAGAUGAGAUUCUUUUGGUCACAGAGCCCUCUUCCUAUAAUAUCUGUAAGGGAACAGGGUGGACUUAACAGAAAAACGCUUGACUUGUAAAAUAUUUCAUGAACAAACCAUAGAAUUUAGUAAAAGGAAAUGCAGCACUGUAAGUCUACAUGACGUCUGAUGAGAGCACGAUUCCCUGUCGUCUUUGUAGAUUCAAAAUUUGUAAUGUUACCUGUAAAAAUAUCUAUUGCAAUGGUUCAUUCUGUCUUGUAAGACUAAUUAUAAGGGUUCUUUUAAUAUGUUAUGUGAAUUGACAAUUAUUGUUGUACUAUGUUUUGUAUAGCCUGUACAUUUUAUUAAGUUGAGAAACAACAGAACUACUUGUCACAAAAUCGUAGACUUUGAAAGAUAAACGUAAUUUGAGCAACCAAUCUGUAUGAUAAUAAUACUUUAAAGAAUUACAAUUUUAUCAUAU